GCAAGAGUGACGUGAGUCAAUCGAUAUGCGCAUGCGUUACCCCGGAUAAAACACGUGAAGAAGCAUGGCAGACAAACCUGAAGAGUUGGCGCUGGACCGGGUGCAGGUAAAGAAGGCAGUUCAAGCACUGCAGGCUUUCCUGAAGACUAAGUCUACCCCAGACUCCCUGCUCCUGGACGAGAGUCAACACCUAUCCCUCCUCUUUACACUAUGGAAAAUCCCCAAGCAGGCCCAGACCAUCCGGAUCCCCUUGCCUCAUGGCAUCCGCACCAACACAGAUGAGGUGUGUCUCUUCACCAGAGAUGAGCCCAACAUGACCCCCGACCAGACCCAGAGGUUCUACAAAAAACUACUGGCUGAGAGAGGGGUCAAGAAUGUCACAGAGGUGAUCCCUUACAGAACGCUGAGGACUGAGUACAAGCCCUUUGAGGCCAAACGAAGGCUGCUGGGGAAUUUUGACAUGUUCCUGUCAGACGACCGUGUUCGUCGCCUGCUGUCCUCACACAUUGGCAAGCACUUUUACGAGAGGAAAAAGGAUCCUUUGUCAGUAAACCUGAAGAGCAAGAAGCUGGCCUUGGACAUCCAGCGAACCAUCCAGGGAACAACCAUCUCCAUUUCUAAGAAAGGCUGCUGCUGCAUGGCUCGUGUGGCCCACUCUGGGAUGGCUGCAGAUGAAAUAGCCGAGAAUAUCGACUCGGCUGUUAGCACCAUCGUGACCAAACUACGCAUGAAAGGACCAUUGAUAAAGAUCAUCCACCUGAAGAGCCAGUCAUCAGUAGCUCUGCCCAUCUACACCUCUAACAUGAACCACCUGACCCUCUUAGAGGAGACACAGAAACAGGCCCGCGCAGCCAUGGACGCAAAGAAAAAUGCAAGCAAACAAAAGUCUGCUAAGAAGGAACAGAAGUCUACAGAAAGAAAUACUGGUGCUGAAGUAGAGGAAGAGAUUCCACAGCUUSUUCCCAUGGUAACGCCAAGUAAAAAGGCUAAACUGGAGAAGCAGACCAAGAAGGGGCUUGAGAAGGCUCCCAACCCGACAGGGGGGAAGAAGGCUCCCAACCCGACAGGGGGGAAGAAGGCUCCCAACCCGACAGGGGGGAAGAAGGCUCCCAACCCGACAGGGGGGAAGAAGGCUCCCAACCCGACAGGGGGGAAGAAGGCUCCCAACCCGACAGGGGGGAAGACAGCUAUGAGAAGAAAAAGGAACAAGAAGACUGCUUAAAGGAAAGUGCCUCAAUCUUGAUGACUGUUUUGUCUUGACAACUCAAUGAACAAAGCAUUCCUCUCCAUUAAUGUCUGUGUAUUACUCCCCCUUUCUCUACGUGGAACUCUGACUUCACACUGAUUAUAAAGGACUGGUUUAUAAAUAUAGAACUGUUAACAUUUCAGUUUGUUGAAUUGAUCCAAGGACAAACUCAAAUGAGCUGCAAUUGUCUGUCUGCCUCAAAGGGUUGUUUAAUAUCAUCUUGUGUAAGCUCUACUUGUAAAUUAAAAAUACUACUAAAGUA